CAAGUGUUCUGGAAUACUUACGUUACAAAAAAUAUUCGGACGAUUUUCCGUUGCAGUCUAAACAUUUACGUCCACUUCUUAAGACCGUUCAUCAUCCCUGGUUUUAUAAUAUUUUACGCUAACAACGAGACAAACGUAAUUCUUGAACGAUUUUGACGAACAUCGUAACGAAGAUUUAAUCAAGUCUUCGCUUUUUCCAAUUUUUCAAUGCAAUAAUUUCAUCAAAAUGAAGGAUAAUAAGUUAGAUAUAGUAAUAUUUGGUGCUACUGGAUUUACUGGACGGUAUGUUAUUAAAGAAGCAGCACGUUUGGCUAAAGAAAAAGAAUUUAAUUUUGGUGUAGCUGGGCGUAGAAAAGAGGCAUUAGAAUCUGCCGUUAAAACAUAUGCACCGGAUAUUGAAAAUGUUCCCAUUAUUAUCGCGGAUAUCAAGAAUGAAGAAUCUCUUAAAAAAAUGGUAGAAAAGGCACGAGUGCUCGUAAACUGUUGCGGUCCAUUUAUAUAUUAUGGUGAACCUGUUAUCAAAGCUUGUAUAGCUGCCAAAGUUCAUUAUGUUGAUGUUACUGGAGAAACUCUGUUCGUAGAAGAUAUGCUAUUGAAGUAUAACAAAGCGGCACAAGAUGCUGGUAUCUACAUUGUAAAUGCUUGUGGCUUUGAUAGCGUUCCUGCGGACCUUGGCGUGGUUUUUACGCAACAAAAGUUUGGCGGGGAAGUUAAUAGUACCGAAAUAUACUUUAAUGUUCUCAACAUUGAAAAGAUUAACAAACCAAUAGCUAACUUUGCAACCUUGGAAAGUUUUAUUUAUGGAUUAGUUAACAUAAAUAAAAUACGUGAUAUUCGUAAAAAAUUAUUUCUGGAAAAACUACCCCACUUGAAGCCUAAAUUAAAAUUCAGAAGUUGGCUUCCACAUAGAUGCGCUUUUACAAAUAAAUGGUCCGUAUUAUUUCCAUCUGGAGAUCAUGCAAUAAUUAAUCGUUCACAAAGAUAUUUCUUUGACAAAUAUAAGCAGAGACCUAUUCAGACUAGCGUAUAUAUUUCAUUCGAAUCUAUAUUUUAUAUAUUUUUCUUAUUAUUUUUUAUGAUUAUAAAUAUUAUUUUAUUGAAAUUUUCAUAUGGACGCAGUUUAAUAUUAAAGUACCCUAAACUAUGUACUUUGGGUUUAAUAACUCACGAAGAACCAAGCGAAGAAACAUUGAACCAAUUAGAAGUAUCUCUUAUUUUCUCAGCACGUGGUUGGACUGAAAAAUUAAGCGAACCUUCUGAUGUUCAUUCUGAUCUUCCAAAUAAGGAGAUGAUUGCAAAAGUUACUUCUUGCAAUCCUUACAAAGUUACUGCUAUUAUUGUAAUCUUAUGUGCUCUUACUAUUUUUAAAGAUUCUGAUAAAAUGCCUGAAGGUGGUGGCGUUUUUACUACUGGUGCUGCAUUUAGUAAGACUUCUCUUAUUGAUGAACUAAAUAAAGAAGGUGUUAAAUUUGAAGUUGUUUCAUCCAUUGAAAAAUGAAGGUAUUAUUAACAUGUAUUAACAUAAAAUAUUCUAAUAUUUUUAUCGUAUUUCUUAUUAUUUGUUACUUAUUUUUCUGUAUUAUUUUAAUAUUAAUAUAAACAUAGAUUUGUAGUAUCAUUUA